GUACAGGUACAGGUAUCUUUGGAUAUACAGUAUAACACUUUCACGAUGUUCCAACUUCAGUUGGAUAAAGUGUCUCUCGUCGGCUUGUUGCAGUUUCGAUUGUUCGUGUCGUGUGUCUCAACUUUCGCCGCUUUGAAAGGCUGCUUAUCACAAUCAUUUCCGACAAGUCAAGUAAACCGGCAACAUGUUAAGAUGCAGUCCAUCCGAGAUCACCUUGACAAUCGCAGAUGUCAACCUCACUCGACAGCGUAUGAUGGCGCACCAGACUCGUCCCGGAACGUCUCCCAACUCCUCCGAGCGACUUGAAGAAGAGCUGAGAAUAUGGCGUCGAAAUGGCAUCGUUGGUAGUGGGAGGGACCCGGGCUUUGUCCAACCGCGACAUGCUUUACAGGUCGACGGGGAGGCACCGUCUUUUCCACCAUUGCCGACCUUGCUUGACUUCGACCCUGCAGAAUCCUCUCAAGGCGAGGGAGCUCAUUCGGAGUCACGGCGGACUAGAAGUUCUGGCUCGCACAGCGAGAGCUAUUUAGAAGCGUCGGAUAUUUCUCCCGGUGCUCAAACCGCUCGUCCCAUUACAGACUCUUCUGAGCAGGCAACGGACGUCCUCAGGGAAUGCGUGGAUCUACUGUCUGCAAGCAUAUCCACACAGCUGUCCCUGAAUGCUGUGGAGGAAAGUGUUAGGGUGACUGCAGCGAAUGUCCCCUCGUUCUCAAUAGCCACCUCCGGAAACGAGCUUCCACCAAUGGCGGCAGGAUUGCCUGCGUCGACCCGUCCUGACAAGGCUAAUUAUGUUCGCCGGGGGAACCAGAUAUCUUUCAGUUACGUGACUGAAGAGGAUAACAAUUGCGACGCGGUCUUUCAGUCCCUCAACCCGAUCACCGGAACUCCUUCAUUGGAGAUCGGUGUAGACCGCCCGUCGUCGAGCCGGUCGUCAGUGGAAGCCGUCUACCAUUCUUUUGAUCAAAGUCCAUCAGAAAGCAUCGUGGACCUCUCGGACAACAACGGAGAAGCCCGAUCGCCCAAGAGCUCGAACGCAAAAUGCUCCACCUUGGAGCCACCUGAACAAGAUGUCCACUCUGGAUUAUCGAGUGCUCCAUUGUCCACGUCGUUACAGAUAGGACGUGGGCCAUCGCCCGGACCGAACAGCACGGAACUCCGGAAACUUCACUUGGAACCAGGGCAACCGUCGCAGCCUUUCCUUGCGGCCAACCGACCUCAUGUGCUCGAUCUUACCAGCCCAACCUGGUCUAGUAGAGCACACCUGACGGUCGAACGACCUGCUGAUGCUAUACCACGAAGCAAUCCUAGCGCCUCUAGAGAGAUUUCAGAGCAAUAUCCUUCUACCAGCCGCCCUUUACGACAUCCUACUUCUCCGCUGGUCAUACCAGCAUCUUCGCGAAGGCUUUCUCAAACACACGCAUCCCCUCCAAAUGCCUCGACAUCGACAACAGUCCUUCACACGCCGCAAAACUCUACCCCGCGCACUCCAUCGGCCACUAGAGCAAUCAACGUUACCGAACCCCAUCUAGAAGCUCCACCACGCCGACGCACGCGACGCCAUCGAACCCAGAGUGAGCGAUAUCACCAGUCAAACCACGAUCCCAGACGAAGCGCGGCGACUUCAGCCCACAUUCACCCCGAGGCGGCAAUUCCUCCAAUACCGCCAUGGCCCCGUCGACAUUAUUUUAUCCCCGACCGUCCAUCCGACUCUCAGGCGGGAGCAUACCUGCUACCCCCGUCCCUACAAAUUGGCGUCCCAAUCAUCCCUGCGCGGAGACCGAUGCGACGCAAUCAGGAGAACGUGUCCGAAGUCGACGACCAAGCGUUGCGAGAGGAAGCGAGGUCUGUAGCGGCGAGGAACGAGGGCGGGGCGGUCUUGAAUGUUACUCCUCCACACGAGGGACGGUUGGAGGGCGAGUUUCGGAGGAGGUUCCAGGGUGCGUAGCGGAGUUUGGGGUUGCGUGGUUCUCGAUUAUUGGGGUCACAUUAGUUGAGCUUUGGAUAUGAUUAUGCCGGGUG